AGCCUCGUUUCCUGUCACAGGAUGAGCGCGCCGACGGUAUGGGAGGGAGCUGGAAUGUCGCAGCUGGACUUUAUGCACAAGGACGAGUGCGUGCUACUGGACAUGGAGGACAAGAUAGUCGGUCACGACAACAAGUACGAGUCGCACAUCUUCUGCCCGGAGCGACCGAGGGGCAAACUUCACCGCGCGUUCUCGGUGUUCCUCUUCAACGACAAGGGAGAGCUCCUCCUCCAGCAGCGAGCCAAGGAGAAGAUUACCUUCCCAGGCGUUUGGACCAACACCUGCUGUUCCCACCCUCUCUUUGGCUACCAGCCCUCUGAAGUUGACGGGCCUGAAGAAGUGAAGCGAGGAGACGUGCCGGGGGUCAAGCGCGCGGCCGUUCGCAAACUUGAGCACGAGCUUGGAAUUUCUCCUUCUCAAGUUCCGAUCGAAGACUUCAAGUUCCUUACACGUCUGCACUACUGGGCUGCUGAUGUUGUCACUCACGGACCAGCUUCUCCCUGGGGAGAGCAUGAAAUCGAUUACAUCCUCUUCAUCCAGGUCAAGGACGUCGAGCUGAAACCGAACCCGGAGGAAGUGAUGGACACAAAGUGGGUAACCUACGUCGAGCUGCUUGAGAUGAUGAUGCCUUCCUCCAACUUGCUCUGGUCCCCCUGGUCAGCCCUCGCCCCACCCCCUCCUCCUCUUUCUCUUCUCUUGUUCAUCUGA